CCACACUCCAUCCGGGUCCUCCGCGCCUGGGCCAUGACGUCACGGGGACCAGGAAUGGCGGCGCUGUCUGCAGAGAGAAGCAGUUCAAAGAGCCAGAAACUUUAUUCCUAACAUCGCUACGCGGCUACACGAGCUCCACCGCUCCACCGACGGCCAUAUCCUCUUCUUAAAGAGCCAGCCCGACGGCGGUACCCAGUCUCGACGCUGUUGCCGCUGAAUCCGGACGUCCCAGGCUCUAUUAGUUUGCUUGACUUUGCGAGGGCCAAAAGACAAGAGCACAGACAGCGACUAACGGUACAUAAAACAACAACAAGCGCCCCGAAACACGCUCUUUCGGGUCCGUCCGUUUCAUAGAAGGAUCUUACUUGUGUUUUGCUAGUUUCUUGUCUUGCUCAUACACCGAAAGGCACGACACUGGCCUGAUAAGGUGAAGCCACCAGCUGCGGGUUUGAUGCCACGAUGGAGACUUUAAUACUGAGCGAUUUCGAGCAGAAAUAUUACUCUGAACUCUUCCUCUCGUGUGAUGUGGAUAACACCAAGAAAGUGGCCUCCAAUGGCAAAGUUCGGGACCUCUUUCGGGCGGCCCAGCUCUCAAACGAAGUGGUCUAUCAGAUUAUUGAACUUUGUGGGGCUACACGCCUGGGUCAUUUCGGUCGGAGUCAGUUCUACAUUGCACUGAAGCUCAUUGCACUGGCCCAGUCUGGACUGCCCCUGCGCGUGGAGAGCCUGAACAGUGUCAGGGAUCUGCCCCUCCCUCGCUUUGUGAUGGGCAAGAACGAGCAGGAGACGAAGCACACAGUCAUGUUCACAGACACCGAGAACCAGGGACCCUACCUCCCCAGACCUCCAGGCCGGGUGCAAGCCAAAAAAGUGUCAGCGCAUGAGAUGAUUCAGCCAUGUGUACCCACUGUAGAGCCACAGCCAGACACCACAUCUCCUGUAGUGUCACCGCACCAGUCCCCUCCCACUUCGCCCCAUGCCUGGAGGAAGCACAAACGCCAGGCUAGCGGUGGAAACGUGGACAGACAGCCCUCAGUGCCAGGAGUUGUUUGGCCACCUUUUAGAGAAGCACAGCCAGGACCAGUUACAGGUGAAGGGAUGUGGUCCGCCCAUUCACCCCCUCCUGUCCAGGAAAGUUGGGUCAGUUUUACAGACACGCCCCCCUCCAGCACACUUCCAAUGCAUCCCCCCUCAGCUCAGCCGGAGAGCACUACAGUACGAACUGUGCUAUCUGCAAUGAUCACAAAUGAAAUCCAAAGACAGACCAGCGGUUAUGAUGACCCCUGGAAAAUCACAGAUGAGCAAAGACAGUAUUACAUAAACCAGUUUAAGACCAUUCAGGCUGAUCUCACUGGUUUAAUCCCUGGCUCAGCUGCAAAGGAGUUCUUUACAAAGUCGAAACUGCCUAUUCUAGAACUGUCUCACAUUUGGGAGCUGUCAGAUUUUGAUAAAGAUGGUGCAUUGACCCUGGAUGAGUUCUGUGCUGCGUUUCAUCUUGUGGUCGCUAGGAAAAAUGGUUAUGACCUUCCUGAAAAGCUCCCUGAGAGCCUAAUGCCAAAGCUUAUUGACUUGGAUGACUCGGCAGGAGUUCCAGAACCUGCUCCUGAGGUGGGCUUUUCUGCUUCCCCUGUGGAGGUUACUCCAAAUAAGUCUCCUUCCUUGCCUUCCCUUAACCAGAACUGGCCUGAGCUCAAUCAAAGCAAUGAGCAGUGGGAGACUUUUAGCGAACGCUCCUCAAGCUCACAAACUCUGACCCAAUUUGAUUCUAACAUUGCACCAGCUGACCCUGAUACAGCAAUAGUCCAUCCUGUGGCCAUUCGUAUGACACCCAGCAAGAUCCAUAUGCAAGAGAUGGAGCUCAAGAGAACUGGAAGCGAUCACACACAUCCAACAAGUCCGUUAAUUGUGAAACAACCAGAACUUUCUGAUGAGACCAAGUUAGCAGCAACUAAGUUUCCUGGUACCACUGUUGGAGAUGGCUAUAGCAGUUCAGAUUCAUUUACAUCUGAUCAAGAGCCCAUUUCCAGUGCUGUGAACAGACAAAGGUCUCACUCUGGCAACUCUCCGGAAGGACUGAAGGUUGUGGCUCCACCCCCGCCUCCACCCCGCCCCCACCCCACUCACUCACGGUCCUCCUCUCUAGACAUGAACAGAAACUUUGCUGCUGUCCCUGCAGGUCCGCAGCAGCCGGGUAUAGUUGCCUUUCCCCCAGCAGUGCCUCCCAGACCACUGCCCACACAGACAUCAGUUCCUCAUGGUCACCGUUCGGUAGAGGGAGAUGGUCUUCCAGCACAUACCAGCACGUCACCCCAGCAGAUGCCAGAACAGCCCAACUUUGCUGACUUCAGCCAGUUCCAGGCUUUUGCUGUCGACCAGCCGGCAGAUGAUGGAGAGAAACCAUCUGACAGUGGACAGGCAGAAAGAUGUGCAGAAACCACCGGGACAAUGAGAACAGCAAAGAACGACAUUCAGUCAGAGGAUCGAAAUGCAACCACUGUCAAUUCUGCUAAAGUAUCCACUCCAUUGGCCCCACCCCCUAAACCCGUUCGUCGAAGACUGAAAUCCGAAGAUGAGCUCAGACCAGAUGUGGAAGACCUUCCGCAAAAGUCUAACGUCAUAGCCACUGUUCUAGCAACCCAGCCCUCAAUUCCACGGUCUAUCGGUAAAGAUAAGAAGGCCAUCCAGGCUUCUAUUAGAAGGAACAAAGAAACAAAUACGGUUUUAGCCAGACUCAACAGUGAAUUACAGCAGCAGUUGAAGGACCUGCUAGAAGAAAGAAUCUCGCUUGAAGUGCAACUGGAACAGCUUAGACCUUUUUCGCAUUUGUAAACUGUGUGUGUGUAUGUUCGCUUCAGAUUGAAUGUUUGUGUGUAUGAAAGCGUGAUUACCCCAGUUUUCUUGUUAUUUCUUUUUGAGUUGUCUGUUGGAUCCUCUGGCAGGAUGUCCAUUUCACCUGUCUCCACUCCUCUGCUUAUUGUGUGAGAAGAGACACAGUCGCUGCUUCCUCCAGACUGUUUCUGUCUUACACAGCAGUACAGAGGGAUGGGGUCCAGGAACAUUAUCCGUUAUGGCACUGUGAUGAAACAGAAAGUCUGAGUGGUUGUGUGUGUAAUACCCCAGAUUUUGCAGGUUAUGUUUAGCGUGUGAGGCAAGAGCCUGACGUCAUGGCCGGCAGGAGGCUGUAAUUCUGGUAAACAUGAAGGAGCCUUUUCCCCUCCUGUUCCCCAGAGUUCUGAGGCAGCUUGUCAUGUUCUUCCAUGUUAGAGGCACCCCUGUGUGCUCAGACAAUCAUGUUAGGCCAUGCACUGGUCGUACAGAGGGGAGAACUGAUUUUUGGGAGAUCAUACUCGAUUUUUAAAAGUACGAUUUAUAAAAUUGAUUCUGACAGGCACUUGUUAAAGGGACAGUUCACUCAAAACUUAAAAAUCUUUGGGUUUUUAUUUGUUGUUGUUUUUUUCAACC